AUGAGUGUUCGGACCAUCUGUGAAUGGGCUAAGGUCACAGGCCGGUGGACGAGAUAUUCGGUGACUGAGAGAUUGGAGAAUCAGGGGGGCGAUGUUGUCUUUGUUAUACCUGGUAGGAGACUUUUCUGAGUAAAACGUUCUGCAAUUGCAGGGAAUCCCGGUAAUGAUCUCUUCUACACUCGAUUCUGUGAACUCCUUCUCGAGAAAUCAGAGAAGGUCUCCAGAAUAUUCUCCAUCGCCCACCUUAAUCACGUUCCCCUCCCCCCUGGUCUUAGAAGAUUGGAUCCUUUCCAAGUAAAAGGUAUUUUUUUGAUUUGGGUUUCAUUUCUAACAACGGGGUUUAGAACGCUAUGGCCUGAACCAACAGAUUGAUCAUGCUUAUGACUUCUUCAGUCAAAUUGUUGCUGAACAAAUGUCGGAUAAGAAGGUGACCAUUAUUGGGCAUUCAAUUGGCUCAUAUAUUGGCACGGUGUAAGUGAAAUAUAAAAAAUAUUACUGUAGGUGUAGAUUAAAAGGACGGUUGGAACGAGAUGGCUACUCUGUUAAUCUGAUCGGUCUCUUUCCUACCUUGGUUGAUAUGGCCAAUACACCCGCUGGGCAUAAAGUUGGGUCUCUGGUGAGGGUGAGUUACCUUGUACAUGACAUCAGCCUUCUGUCAGUUUGUCGCCGAUCAUCCAAAGUUUGUUCGCUUUGCUGCUUGGAUCUUCAAAUGGUUUCCAAUAGAACUUAAACGUCUUCUAGUCCGUCCUUGGGUUAAAGGAGCUCCAGAGGAAGUUAUUCAAGCAUCUGCAGAACUUGUUGAUGGUCUUGUCAUCACGAAUGUUGGAUACAUGGCUAACGACGAAUUGGACAAUGUAAAUGACUUAAAUCCUAAGGUGGAAGCCGAGUUAUCCAAGGGAAAUGUCCAUCUCUAUUAUGGCCUUUUCGAUCCUUGGGUUCCUCUCAAAUUUGCUCAAGAAAUGUCGAAGAUCAUAGGCCAAGAUCGCGUCAUCAUUGAUGACACCGGGGCCGAGCAUGCAUUUGUGAUACGACAAUCUGAAGUAAUUGCUUCCAAGGUCGAGGUCCUUAUUUAA